AUGGAAGAGUUCGACGAGACCCACGACCACGGCGCCAACAGCAGCAGCGGCAGCGAGGAGGAGCAGGGCAAGAGAAAGCCGGCCGCGAAGCAGCGGCAGAGCCACUUCGUCGCCGCCAAGAUAGGCGAGAGGGGCUACGACCAGGCCAUGGCCCCCUCGCGCUUCGGGGGCGCCUGCUGCGGGCGGGACUGGGCCUGGAUCCUCGAGGAGAGGCGCGAGCAGCUCACCGCACGCCGCGAGGAGCUGCAGGAGAAGAUGCUCGCGAUCGAGACGGCUCGCAGCGAGCACUCGGACAUGCAGGCGCACCAGCGGGACGUCUGCGGCGCGUUCGUGGUCUUCUGGAGCCAGCGCGCGCGGGACACCAUCCUGCACGCAUACGGCUGGUCCAGGUACUCGUGCUGCAGGCGGUUCCAGGCCAAGCACCUGCAGUUCCAGCCGUCGGCCGACGCCGACAACUGGUCGGGUUCCGAGGACGGCGGGGACGACCCUCAGGUCGGGCACAAGGUUCUAGUGGAGCCCGCCCAAGAUCCAAGCCUGCAGCUGUGGGAGAAUUUGGACGUGUCGCAGGCCGGGCGCCGCAGGCGGCACUGGGAGACGCGGUGCUGCAGCUGCUGCAUGUACCUCUUCGCCGCCCUGAUCGCCUUCGCUGUCCGGGCAUCCCAGCCGGACCUGCCGAUCGCGCUGCCAGUGACCGCGCCGGUGUGGAUCAUCGCAGACGCGAGCCCGGCCAGCGAGAGGGAGGCGUGCUGGCGGGUGUGCGAGCUGGAGCUCUUCAAGGACGCGGACUGCACCGACCCGAUACACCCGAGGACUUGGAGAUCGAGCAACAAACUCCACGAAGGUGGCGACGCGGGCCUGCGGGCCGUGCACGACAAGGGCCUGGCGUUCGGGUCGGUGUGCCGCGAGCGGCGCGGCGGGUGCUGCGGGGGCCUCCGCUCGUGGGGCCUCGCCGCCGCCGCGGCGCCCGGCGGCGGGUGCGCGCACCUCCUCGUGCGCUCGGCCGCGGGGCGCCGCGGCCCCGACGCGCGGCAGCAGCUCCUUCGGAGGGGGCCGGACGGGCAGACCGCGCUGCACCUUGCGUCGGCGGGGGGCCGUGGCGGCGAGGUGGCCGCCCUGCUGCGCGCGGGGGCGGCAGCGCCGCGAGCCCUGGGCGUCAGCGGCGAAUGCGUGGCGCCUGGCGGCGGCAUGGAGUGGGUCGACCUCCGGGACGCUGGUGGCCACACAGCGCUGAUGGCGGCGUCGCUGCGCGGGCACGUGGCCUGCCUCCCCCCGCUGCUCGCCGCUCGGGCAGACCCGGCACUUCCAGACGCUGCGGGCCGCACCGCCCUGCACCUCGCGGCGGCCCAGGGGCAUGCGGAGGCGUGCAGCUUGCUCGUGCGUUCCGGCGCGGGGGGGUUCCGUCUGCUGAGCCGGGUGGAGAAGUCCGGGUACACGGCCCUCCACCUCGCUUGUCGCGCGGGCGCCCUCGAGGUGGCCCAUGCGCUGCUUCUGUGCCCCGACUGCGCCGUGAGGGCAGCUGCAAGCGAUGGGGCGACGCCCUUGCACAUGGCCGCUCGGGCCGGGGCCAAGUGCCCGCCUGGACUGGUCCCUCUGCUCCUCGCCGCCCGUGCUGCACCACUGGAUCCGGACCGCUUCGGGUCGACGGCGCUCCAUCUGGCAUGCGCGCGCGAGGUGCGAGACCCAUUCGUCCGAGAGCUGUUCGCGUCCCUGCCGGCCGACCUCCAGCUGCGCGGCGUCACGGCCGUGGACGCGGACGGCCUCACCCCGCUCCACGUCCUCUGCCAGGCGGGCGGCGCCCGCGCGGAGCUCACCUCUCGGCUGCUCGCGGCGCGCGCCGACGUGGGCGCCCUGGACUCCGGCGGAGGCUCGCCGCUCGACGCCCUCUGCGCCGGGCCCGCCGCAGGAGCGCCGGGCGCGGCCGCGGCGGCUCGCGUGCUCCUGGCGGCGCGCGCGGAUCCCGGCGCCCGCGUCGCCCUGGGGCGCACCGCGCACGACGCCGCCCGAUGCGCGGGCGCCGCCGCCGCGCCGCUCCGCGCGCUCCUGGCGGCCGCCGAGCCGCCGGGCGGGGCGGCCGACGGCGGUCCCGCGGCCGCAGCGCCGCCGCCGACGCCGCGCUUCGGCGGUGUGCACGGCGCGUGCUCGCUGAAGGCCACCCCGUCGUACGCGCCGCGGGUGCCGCUGCCGUGCCUGCGGCCACACAGUCUAGGGCAUCUGGCACUUGCGGUGCACGAGGGCAUCAUGUGCAACGCAUGCUACGAGUCUAGCGAUGCGCCAAAACGAUUUCGCUUUCACGACCUCGUCGGCUCGGCUUCAGACUCCCAUGGGAUGCUCGUGGACGACAACGACGCUGCUGUGUUCACACUUUUCAACACGAGCGGCUCGACUGGGAGCCCGAAGCUUGUCAUACGGAGCCGCAGGACAUGGUGCACGACACUCCUGGACAUCGAGAGGGGCUCUGUGCAGCACGGCGAUCCGUUCGUGCUGCGCUUCCUGUACUCGUCGCUCGCUCACUCGGGCUCUCGCAGCAGCCUGUGGUCUGUGCUUGCGAGCGGAGGUGCCAUCGCAAUCCAUGUUGCCGGUGGCGCUGAGAUCGUGGAGGCGGCUUGCCAGCUCAUGCCAACGAGCAUCUUUCUUCCUCCGGCCUUUUGGGCCCGCAUCCACGCGGACUUCACCGCCGGCAUCGAGCGAGGUGACGACGGCGAGGGUCCACCAUCGGCCGUGCGUGCCCGAGCCAUCUCUCGACUGCGCCGCAGGCUGCAGGGCCUCUCGUGCAGAAGCCGCUGCAUAGCGACCGGCGGUGCGCCGAUGUCGAACGAGCUCCGUGCCUUCGUUGAGGAGUUGUUUGCGGUCGGCCUCGUGCAGUCGGGAUACGGGAUCACUGAAGUCGGUGGCAUUGCCAACGAGGGCAUCGUCGAUGACGGCACCGAGCUCGUGCUGCUGCCCGGUGAUUUUGGCAGCAGCACCGCGGAUGCGGGCGCAGCCGGAGUGGUCGAGCGGGGUGAGGUCUGCGUGCGCACGAAGGAGCCCUUCGAAGGUUACUACGGAGACCCCGAGCUCACAGCUGCUGCGCUGACACCCGAAGGGCUGUACCGAACGGGCGACAUCGGCGAGAGAGAUGCGGAGGGCCGGCUCCGCAUCGUCGGGCGCCUCGGGAGCACCGUGCGGCUGGCGAGUGCGAAGUUUGUGUGCCUCGACGACUUGGAGACGGUCUACGCUGGGCAGUGCCCCUCCAUCGCGCAGCUGUGCCUGCACGCGGACCUGCCGCGCAGCGCCCUCGUGGCCAUUGCCGCCCCGGCCCGCGCUGCGCACGGCAGGGCGCGCCAGGAUCUCCUCGCGGAGCUCGCGGCGGUGGGGGCGGCGCAGGGCCUCCCUCUGCACGAGGUGCCGUGCGGCGUGGUCGUGGCGGCGCCGUUUGCGGUGGGCAACGGCCACGCGACGCCGUCGCACAAGCUGUGCCGCGCGCGCAUCGUGGCCGACUACGCCCGGGAGAUCGAGGCGGCCCUCGUCAGCGUGCACGGCGCGCCGUCCGCGGAGGUCGUCGAGGAGGUGCUGCGAGCCGUGCGGGGGGAGGAGGGCUGCCAGCUGAGCGACGGCACGCAGCUGGCUUCUUUAGGCCUCGACUCCCUGCGCGCAGCACGCCUCUUGGCACGACUGAAGCAGCAAGGAGCUCCUGUGACGCUCGACACCCUGACGAGCGUGCGUACCAUCUCAGAGCUUCGAGCCGUGGUGCACGGUGGUGACUGUCCGCCAGCAUCCGACGCGUCACUGGGCCGAGCGCUGGCUGAUGUCGACGUGUUGUCACGCGAGAUUGCAUCCGUCCCCUUCGCAGAUUCUUCUCCGUCGCAGUUGCUCCCAGAGGCCGCAGUCGUCUUCGUCACUGGCGCCACGGGGUUCAUGGGGGCGCACUUGUGUGCGCGCUUGGCGGCACUGGCGGCCGUCCGAGAGGUGAUUUGCCUUGUCCGCGCGGGUCACGGCUCCGCUGGCGCGGAUGCAGCGCGGCGCUUGGAGGCUUCCGCCGCCAAGUUUUGCGUUCCUCCUUCGCCCAAGUGGCGCGCGAUUGCCGGGGAUCUGGCCCUGCCGCACUUCGGGCUCAGUGAUGGUGCCUGGGCACGCCUGUGCGGCGCCGUGUCGUCCGUGUGGCACCUUGGUGCAGCAGUGCACUGGAGCCACUCCUACGACGCCCUUCGGGGGUCGAAUGUCCAGGGAACGGCGGAGGUGCUGAGGCUGUGCUGCACGGGAGCGCUGAAGCCCCUGGUCUUUGUGAGCACGUGCAGCGACCGAAGCCCCGAGGAGCGGGUCGCGCUCGCCGUCCUGCGCGCGGUGGCGCGCUCGGGCUACGCCCUGAGCAAGCUGGCCGCGGAGGCGCUGGUGGAGAGGGCGGGCGCGGCGGGCCUCCCGUGCCUCGUGCUGCGCUGCGGCCUCGUCUCGUGGCACCGCACCACGGGGGCCUGCAACCCGGACGACAUCCUGAGCCGCCUCCUCCGCUCCGCGGUCGAGCUUGGCCUCGCGUACGAUGGGGAGCCCGCUGCCCUGCUGCCCAUGGAUGGCCUGCCCGUCGACGACUUCGCCGCGCUCGCCCUCGACCUGGCGCGGGCGCAUCCCUGGAGUCGUGCGGGCGCGGCGGCCGUGGCGCUCAGCGUGGCCGCGCGGCCGGAGCUCCAGGCUCUGGACGCCAGGGCGCUCUUCGACGGCCUCCGGGGCUGCGGCUACCCGCUCGAGCGGUGCACGUGGGCCGCGUGGCGCCAGCGCGCCGCGAGCGCCGCGGCCGCGGCGGCGAUUCUCCCGCAUCUCCCGGCGGGCGCGGGGCCUCCGUUGGGGCUCCGCGUAGGUGGCGCAAGGGCGCAAGGGGCACAGGCGGAAGGUGGUUUGCGGCCGGCGGCCUCGGUUGCUGCAGUCGUAUCUUUCCUCGUGGGAGUGCGGGCGCUGCCGGAGCGUCCUUGA